GGGAGGUACUUUGCUACAUGCGACCAUCCACACGCGUCGUUCCCAGGUCUCUGCAACUCUGCCAUAAGCAUCCCAUUAAAGUGCCUUUUUUUUCUCGAUCCGCAUGAUUACUACUUGUCCCUGGAUGAUUUCCCGGAUCAUAGGUAAUGAUGAGACAAUCCGUGCUUCUAGGAACGGGUCUACAGCUGUUUGGAUUUGUUACGGCAGGCAGAAACGCCAUCGUCGAGUCCGUGUUAAAUCCUCCGAACGGCUGGGAGAGGGUGCAGGAUGCCAACCCAUUAUCGAUAAUCCAGCUGCGAAUAGCAUUACAGCAGCCGAACGUGUUGAAUGGCAACUUCGAGCGAAUCUUUUACGAUAUUUCGUCUCCAGACCAUCCUUCCUAUGGUCAGCACCUAUCAAGAGAAGAGUUGAAAGAGCUGGUUAAGCCGCAUCGGGAGUCAACCGAUGCUGUUGUUAGCUGGCUGAAGUCUGGUGGAAUUUCUAAUUCCGAAAUUGAGGAUGCGGGCGAUUGGAUCAACUUUAGGGCCACAGUAGCACAGGCUGAAAACCUCCUGAGUGCCGAUUUCGGUAUUUACAACUAUGAAGGUACGGACGACACGAGGAUACGAACAUUGAAGUAUUCGGUACCAGAGGGCCUUAGGACGCACAUAACCAUGAUACAGCCUACGACCGUCUUUUCUCGAACUCGACGGCAUGAUAGUCAUAUAUACAAGGGUGAAAAUGCGGAAGGGUUGGAGGAAGGUUCGGAGGAGUUGUCCUUCAAUAUCGAUACCGACGUGAUGGCUAACGGAACGAAUCCACUGAAAAUCUGCAACUACUUCAUUACACCGGCCUGCCUUAGGUUGCUGUAUAAAGUCGGAAACUAUACGGCCAAGCCCGCGGCCAAAACCAGUAUCGGAGUCAGCGGUUUUCUCAAUCAAUACGCCAAACACGACAUGUUACAGGUGUUCCUAGACAAGUACGCUCCGAUUGCAUCUAGCCAGAGCUUCACGACACCCCUGAUCAAUGGCGGCGAAGACAACCAGACAGACACAGCCAACGAAGACGUCGAGGCAAACUUGGAUAUGCAAUAUGUGGCUGCUAUGGGGUUCAACUCUGACAUUCGGUUCUUUUCAGUCGGAGGGCGAGGGCCAUUAAUUCCUGACCUUGACCAGCCGAACGAAAACCAGAACAGCAACGAGCCUUAUCUCGAGCUCGUUACCUACCUCCUCAACCUGACCGACGACGAGCUUCCCACGACAUUAUCCACUUCUUAUGGAGACAACGAGCGCGAGAUCCCCAUCGUGUACGCCCAGAAAGUAUGCGAGAUGUUCGGCCAACUCGGCACCCGCGGCGUAAGCAUCAUCUUCUCGUCCGGCGACACCGGCCCCGGGUCUGCAUGCCAGACGAACGACGGCACGAAAACCACGCGCUUCACGCCCACCUUCCCCGGCGCAUGUCCCUACAUCACCUCCGUGGGCGGGACGGCCGGCGUGCUGCCCGAGAAGGCCGUCUCGUUCUCCUCCGGCGGCUUCAGCGACUACUUCCCGCGGCCGGCGUACCAGGACGCCGCGGUGUCGGGGUACCUGGGGGGCAUCGGCGGCGCGUUCUCAGGGCUGUACAACGCGUCCGGGCGGGGGUUCCCGGACGUCUCGGCGCAGGGGAACGCGUACCGGGUCAUGGACCAGGGCAAGGUGACGUCGGUGAGCGGGACGUCUGCGUCGGCGCCGGCGUUCGCGGGUAUCAUCUCGCUGGUGAACAACGCCCUGGUUGCGCAGGGAAGGAGGCCGCUCGGCUUCUUGAAUCCCUGGUUGUAUAGCACCGUGGCCGCCAAGGGCGGGCUGACGGACAUCACGGUGGGUGGGAGCAGGGGCUGUGGGCCGACGAGUCCGUACUCGGGCCUGCCGACGCCGGAGGUGCCAGGGGCUGGCUGGAACGCGACGGAGGGGUGGGAUCCGGUGACGGGGCUGGGGACGCCGUUGUUCCCUAGGUUGUUGGCUUUGGCAUUUGCGAAUGUAUCGCAGACGGAGGGGGGUGCUGGUAGUGGUGCUGAUAGCUAGGCGGAGUCUAGAGGUGUCAGCUGAGAACGGCCAGAGGCCCGGGGAUUUCUGACAAGUGAUAAUCAAAUAGAUGGUCUUGAGUACCUCGGAUAAGUCAUGCAUAGAAACAAUGACGUUUUGGCGAUCUUGGUUAGUCUUUCUUCUG